ACCUCCUCCUAAAGAUCCUAUAGCUGUCGGAUCUUUGCUCCCUCCCUCCCUCCGCUGCCGCGUUGGUGCCGCCAGUGCGGGUGCAGCGAGGAGCGGCGCCGAGGGCAAUGAGCUGCUACCUGUGCCGGCUACUGCGUGCUUGUUGACCGACCGGCCGCCUCACUUCUUCCCUCACACCCCCCCUGCCUCUUAGGUUAUAUGUUGGGCCAGGAACCGCUGCAAACUGGAGAGCAAGCACGGGCAGCUGGAUGUGCAGUAUAAAGCGGCGACCCCGCAGAAGAAGAUGAAGAAGCGAAAGGAGCUUAACGCGCUCAUUGGUCUCACCGCCGACGGCAAGAAAAAGAAGCCGAAGAAGAGCUCCGGGCACCAGUUACUGCUGAGGACCGAGCCCACGGCCUCCGAUUCGGAAUCCACCUCUGAUUUCGAUGAGUUCGCCGAACCGGCCACCGGCUCCAUGUUCGCAAAGGGAGGCUAUGUGAAAUGCUGCAAGAUUUGUUAUCCACUGUGUGCAUUUGUUAUGCUAGCUGCUUGUGUAGUAGCUUGUGUUGGGUUGGUCUGGAUGCAGGUUGCUCUCAAGGAAGAUCUGGAUGCACUGAAAGAAAAGUUUAGAACAUUGGAAUCUAGUCAAAAAACUUCCUUUAGUGACAUUCCAAAGCUAAAUGAAGAUCUCCUUGCAGUCCAGAAAGAUCUUAUCAACCUUGACACUGGAGACAAAGGAAUUAGCAAAAUAUGGACCAACAUCACAGAACUAAAUAAGCAAAUUACCGAACUAAAUUCAGCUGUUGCCCAUUUAAAGGCCAAUGUCAAAUCAGCAUCAGAACUAAUCAACCUUCCAGUCACAGUGGAAGAACUCCAGAAGAGUGUUGCCACAAUUGGGAGCACACUUACUAGUGUGCAGCAUGACGUUGAUACUAUUAAAGCAGCUUUAGAGGAUCGGAAGAAAAAAAUGGAGACACUUCAGCAAAAUGAGGAAAUAUCGGACCUGCAGGAUGAAGUAAAUGAGUUAAAUGCCACCCUCUUAUUUUACCACACACAUAAUGACCAAAGGCUCCAUCACAUUGAUUUACUUGUUGGUAAUCUGAGCCAGAAAGUUACCAUGCUGGAGGGAAAUGUUCUAAUUGCCGGUACUGUUUCUAAACUAAAGAACAUAAAUGGCACAAUGCAAAAUGACAACACUCAAAUGCCAAACAUUAAGGAAAGGUUGAAGAUUAUGGUGAAUGCUCUCAUCAACAAAUCAGAUAAUCUAGGCAAUAUUACUGUAGUCAAUGAUCAAGGUAACACAAGCUCAACUUCUACCAUGAAACCUUUAGUUUCUCCAAGGUUCCCAGUAAAACCAGUAGCUAAUAAAAACAGGAAAAGGAAUGUCAAAUUAAAGCACCUGUCUUUACCUGGGAUUACCAGUUUAAAAGCUCUGCAGGACCUGUUCCUUAAAUCUACUGAUGGCCAACUUUCUUAUCAAGAUCUGUACAAUUUAUUUGGUGCUGAAACCCCUGAUCCAGAAGAACUUCGUCAGUUUGAUUCAAAUAAAGAUGGAAAAUUCUCACAAACAGAACUCAUUGAUGCAAUUGGUUCCUAGAGGACUAAAUAUAUCUAAUUGGACGUGAAGUUUUUAGAAGUGAAGUCAUGACUUCCAAUUGCUACAAUUGCAAAAUCUGCUUAGUACUUGGAAUAAAUAUCCUUAAAAUUACCUUUGGGUUUGCCAAAACAUUGUUUUAAUGAAACAAUCUGCAUUCAAUUGAGUUUGAGGAAUAAUGGUUGAAGCAUUCAGGAUAAAAUCUUUGUUUAAAUAUCACACUGAAAAUAAAGUACAGGUAGCUGGUUAAACUAUUCAAAAUCAAACUACUGACCGGUUCUUAAAAAAAAUUGGAUAAAAUAGGUUUUGUUGAUUUUCAAUUAAAUUGGUGGAGAUUCAAGUAAAUUAAUUCAUAUUUUGAACCUUCCAAUGUUGCUGAAGGGAGAACAAAUGUUGCUAAUUUCAGCUUACAUAUUUAUGUUUUCUCCCCUCUGCCAUUGUCUUCCCCCCUCCCCCCUCCCCAUAUAUAACUAUCCAGGGGGUUCAAAAUUUCCAUUAUUUUCAAUGGAAACACAAUUACUUUGGACAGCCUUGAGGACUAAAGUAUUUUGUGAUUGAUUAUAUUGAGACUUGCAAUUUCUGUUCUACAGGCAUUGCCAGCUUUGAAAAUGUUCAAAGAUCAACAAGUGUCCUGCAUGUAUAACACAGUAAAUACAACCACUUUUGUGCAAGCAAUUAAGACUGCUUUCAUUUUGGUUCCAUGCAUCACUGCUUGGGCCCCACAAUGUGUGGAGUGCAAGUGGUUGGUGAUAACAUUAAACGUGCUGGUUUUACUAACACUGGCUAUUAGGAAGGUGCACUGUGUUUUAAAAGGCAUGACUUUGAAUCUGGCAAGUUUACUUGAAGUUACUGGUGUCAGUCAGACCACUGAAGCACACUGACACAGUUCAAAACCAGUAUAUAGGUCUUGGAAACAAAUGCUGCAUUUUUUGUCUUUAUGUUUCUAUUCAUUGAAAUGUUCUUAUCUUGUAAACCAUUCCAUAGUUUAUUUAAGAACUGGGGUGUCUUUAACAUAAGUGUCGCAUUAAGGUCUCUUGGUUGCUGAAGCUCAGUUAGAAAAUGAAUUUGUUUUUACAGUUUGAGUCUGAAAACAGCUUACUUCAGAGCAAACACACACACUUGGUGAUUUACAGGACUAUAGAACUUGUAUGAAGUUUUCUUUAACUUGAAUAAUUUGACAAUGUUUCUUUUGAAUGAUAUAAAAUAAUUGUAUAAUAUAAAUGUAGAUACAUUAUAUUUCUAAUGUUGAAAUAAAUAUGCAUAAAAAUCAGCAGCUGAUAUCUCUCGCACAUGCUUAGCAAUAAAGUAAUAUUUGGGCCAGGAUUGAGAUUUCAUUUGGUAUUGACUUUAGCUCCCAAGACAAUAUAACAUUCUGAAUGAAAUGCUCACUUUCAAUGCAUUUCACAAGUGCAUUUAAGGCAACUUAAGAGUUUUAACUGUCAAUACUAAAAGGCUGGAUUUCAUGGUUCCUGGAUGCCAUCUUUAUAUCAAAUCAUAGUAUUUUGUGGACAAAUUUUUAAUUAAAAUUUUAACUUUAUUGCAACUAAUAGAUCUUGUCCAAUAAUGGCCUCUUUAAUUAUAGUAGCAAUAAGAGAUCAACUUUUCCAGUACGUGAGGGUAUUAUUCAGUUUUGCAGAGAUUUGUCAAAGAGUUGAUCUAAUUUUGUAAAAUGGGUACAGGGAGAAAAUGUAAUUCAAGUUGUUUGCACUUUUGGUUGUUGGCUAAUUUAUUUACAUAUUAUAACCCCAUGCUGGUGAUGUCUAAAGCUGAACACUGGACAAGUGCUCUAAAUAAGACUGCUUUGGAACUGGAACAUUUUAUACGGUCAUGUACAUGGUGAUUCAUAAAUGUCUUGUGAAACUUAAUGUUUAAUUACUCCUUUUGUUGUAUACAAAUUACAAAAUAUAUUUUUGAGAUGUUAUUCGUACAAUAAAAGGGUUAGUUGUAUUAAAGUAACAACCAUUGUUUUGAAGACUUGUGUUUUGCAUGUUUUAUAUCAUGUAAUGAUCAAAAUAUUUAUAAAUUGUCAAACAAUAAAAUUACCAUAUUCCAA